CCAUGAGUCCAACACAUUCCGCAGCGAGAGGCACUGCACGCUGAAUAACCUGCGAGAGAGAAGAGGUAGCCACUGUUGCUGGGGAGUAAACGAUGCUUACUUCUUUGGAUUCAUUUGAAUUGCGAAAUUGUGGAUUUAUACGAAUUUGUGGAGGAUUUUGAAUUCAAAAGGAUAUUACACUGACACGAAUCAUCAUUAAAGGGGAAAGAGGGGGAGACGGUGUCAUGGCAUUUGACUUGUGAUUGCACCUAUAAGAGCCUAAAAGCCAACAGCCACCUGCAUUACUGUCAUCUCUAAGUUGGAACACUAUCAUUAUGAAGAAAACGUCUAACACCCUCCCACUCUGUCUGCUUACCAUUCUGCUGCUGUCCCAGAUCUGCUCCGGCAUCAAAUGGCUGGCCCUAUCUCACACACCCACGUCCUUACACAUCAACCAGACCCAGCACUGCAAGCUGCUGCCCGGCCUGGUGUCGUCACAAGCCCAACUGUGUCGGAGCAACCUGGAGCUCAUGCAGACCAUAAUCUCCGCAGCCCGCGAGGUCAAGAAAACCUGCCAGAAGACCUUUGCUGAUAUGCGCUGGAACUGUUCCUCUAUUGAUAUCCCCAGUGACUCCUCGAGGUAUCGUCCAGAUCUUGACAGAGGCACGAGGGAGUCAGCGUUUGUGUAUGCCUUGUCUGCGGCGGCCAUCAGCCACACCAUAGCGCAGGCGUGCACGUCGGGGGACCUGCGCCUGUGUUCGUGCGGCCCCAUCCCCGGGGAGAUCCCUGAGCCGGGCUACCGCUGGGGCGGAUGUGCAGACAACCUGCACUAUGGCCUGGUCAUGGGCUCCAAGUUCUCUGACGCCCCCAUGAAGAUGAAGAAGGCAGGCUCCCACGCCAACAAGCUGAUGCAUCUGCACAACAGUGAAGUGGGGAGACAGGCCCUGAGAGAUGCGCUGGUGAUGAAGUGUAAGUGUCACGGUGUGUCUGGCUCCUGCUCCAUACGGACCUGCUGGAGAGGCCUGCAGGACCUGAAGGACAUCGCCAUUGACCUGAAGACCAAGUACCUGUCAGCCACUAAGGUGGUGCACAGACCCAUGGGUACACGCAAGCAGCUGGUCCCCAAGGACAUUGACAUCAGGCCGGUCAGAGAGAACGAACUGGUCUACCUGCAGAGCUCUCCGGACUUCUGUGCCAAGAACGACAAGCUGGGUUCCGUCGGCACACAGGACAGGCAAUGCAACAAGACGUCCAUCGGCAGCGACAGCUGUGACAUGAUGUGCUGUGGGCGUGGCUACAACCCCUACACAGAGAAGCUGGUGGAGCGCUGCCACUGCAAGUACCACUGGUGCUGCUAUGUCACAUGUAAAAAGUGUGAGAGGAUUGUGGAGAGAUACGUCUGCAAAUGAGUCCAUGUUGUCUACUUCAUCCACCCACCCACGCACCCACCUAACCGCCCCACGUCUCUGGGCUGGGGCUACAGAUAACCAAAGCACUACGUUACCAAGAAGGCUUACUUUUGACUUAAGCUUUAGCAUGUAUAUUUUGACAAGAAAGUGUUUAUUUUUGUUCAUUCUUUUUAAUUAAACUCUGACUCACAAGCUGGACUUAAAACCUUUUCCAUUUUACGAACGUGGACACAUGGGUGUUGUGACAAUGCCUAUCGGUUUACGUGAAGACCACCGUCCUCAAGGAUUUUUUCUUUCCUUUCAUAAAUGUGCAUUACACUUGCCGUACUCGGAUAUCAAAUGUCUAUUUUCAUAUAUACUUUUAUUAAAAUAAAUGAUAUUGGAUUUGUUUUUUGAGGAGAGGGACUGUAGUCUCCUCGUUUGCUGUUGGGGGUAUACUUCCAACCUCGUUCUGAUGUUGACACUCACCGUUUACUUCAGAACCAUUCCACGGAAUUCAAAGGGUUCUGAAGGAUCCAUGGUGUUUUUCCUCAAAUGGUAGUCAUUUUUUCAACAGAGAAAGACACUGAAAGAAAGAGAGGGAAAUCGUGCUCAACACACAAAGGGAACUUAAAGUACUUUUAGUUGUGGAACUUUUUUAGUAACUGGUGUUGAACUCUUGAGCACUGGAGCUUGACUGGGGACUCGCCUGCAGACACACAGUUCUGUGUGCAUCCUCAGGAUAAGGACAAAGAUCUCCCAGUGUUAGAAACAGCACAUUAUCCCUAUAAUGUCUGACAUGCAGGUAGUCCAAAGCCUAACACUCAGAGCAUGUGAACAGAACACAUGGGUCUCUUUUAAUGCCGUGUUAUGAUGAACCACUCUUAUGUGGCUGUACAUACUGUCUUUUUGUAUGCUGAAUUAAAGAAAGAAAUAUUUAUAAACUAA